ACACUCAGCUGCCCCCCGUCGUCUUACUUUUUUUUGAAUAUUAGUAAAUAAUAAUUAUUAAUUAACUUUUUAAUUUUAUCUUUUACUCUUCAAUUAAAUUUAUAUCAUUCAUACUUUUAAUUUUGUUUUGUUUUUCAUGUCAAGUAAAUUAUUAUCUAAUGGCCUGAUGGCGUACAAAUAUACCAAUUAAUAUAUAUAAUAAUAUGACUUUAUUAGAAGAAUAUUUUCUUGAUUAAAAUAUUGAAGAAGUAAAAGCAAAAUGGCAGAUCAAGAAGAAAAUACCUACACGUCUGUAGCUGAUCCAUCUACAGAAGUUUUAAAACAAAGUAUUCUUGAUCAUAUUACCAAAGAAGCAUCAGACAGUGUUUUCAAAAGUCAACAAAUAGAUGAGCCUGAUAUAUCCGCUGAUGAAAGGAGAAAAAUUGCUGAAGAAAUUCUAAAUAGGAGUCAUUCAAAAUUUCUUUAUAAAUUUGGCGAUUACUUACUUGAAACACAUUUUAAAUACUUUAAAACUCUAAAUGAAACCGAUCAUGAUGUUAAUUUUCAUUUGCAUAGAUUAAGUCGAUCAUUACGAUCAAGAAAAGUAAUCUGUAAAAAUCGACGAUAUCAAGCCCUUCUUGAAAUGGUUAAAGGUGAUUAUUUUAAUGACAGUGAAAUGCGCAACCGAGAACCGCUUCUUUGGGAACAGCUGGUUGGACAGUAUCUAAGCCCUGAAGAAAAACUAAAUUUUGAUCAUUUAGAUACUGAACAAAACACGUUAACUGGUAUCCUAUUAGAGCAAAUUGAUCGUGACAGUAGAGAUAAUUUAAAGCAAAUACAAGAGAGUAAUGAAGCCAAAAAACUUGAAGAGGACAUUAGCUCAGAUGAAGAAUCUAUGGUUACUGAAGUUACUAAAACACAAUCACUUUGGGGUGAGUAUAGCCAAGCCAAACAAAAAACAGUUAAAAUUGCAAAAAUUCGUUGGAAAGAAAGUCAUCCUCUAAAUGAAAAACCAUACAACACCAAAGAACUAAGUAAAAACGAACGGUUUCUAUUAUUAAACGAAUUUCGUUCACAUAUGUUCCAUAAAUUCCUUAGUGGUCAAGAAGAAGACUUUGAUUACAGCAAAGUGGAUGAUAAUCCUGCAUAUGAUAAUUUAGCUAUUCAAGGAAUUGACGAAGAGGAAAAAUAUUUUGAUUCAGAAAGUCCUGAAACAUCACCUAUGCCCAUCGAUGAUAGUGAUAAUGAUGAUGAAUUAGAUAUCUAUAUGAAAAUGCUGCAAAAAAAUGAAAUGGCUGAUGGUGUUACAGAUAAAUUUAAAAAUUUGUAAACCUAUUCAUGUAGUUAAAUUAAUAUUAAAUAAAAUAAAAUAUUAAGUUUUAUAUAACUAUAUUCCUACACCCUUCUGUCAAUUGCAUGGUUUUCAGUCACACAAAUUAAGUAAACUUUUCGUCGGUCACAACUCUAUUUUAUGAUUAGGGUAAAUUUUUAGCCUGGUUGUCUGAUCAAAGGUUAAUUAGGAAAAUUAAGUACAUCACAUUCAACUGUGAUUGGCGUUAUUAUAUGUUGCCAUUAGUGAUUCAAAGAUAGUUGAUACAUUUCAAUUCCUAAUUAAACUUUAUAUGUUAUAAUUUCUACAAUUUUAAUACUAACACUUUAAUCAAUAAUUUCAACAAAAGUUUCUCUCUUAAUUAAGUGUUAACAAAAUCUAUAUUAUAUUAAUUAAACAUUUG